AUGUCCAUUAGAAGUUCCCAUAGCCAUGAAGAAAGUGAACUUGGUGAUUUAUUGCGGAGAGGAAUUGAAAUUCCCCAUGGUUCUCAAAGCAAGAAUGGCAAUGGCAGAAAAAAGAAGGAGAAGUUCAUCAACAUAAAAAAAAAUGAGAAACAGCCAGAGUCAAACUUUUCCAUUAAGACAUGUUUAGAAAAGAAACAUUCAGUGUUUGCGUUUGAAAUCUCGACGCAGUUUGAUUCAAAUUUAAUGGAAAUUAAGGAAGGAAAUCAAUUGUGGAAAGCCAAGAAAGGAGAAUUGUUGCAUUAA